GUUACUUUAUAUAGUUACUUUAUAUAUAGUAUAGGACCUUUAUAUAUAGUUUGUAGUUUUCUGGAAUAGAGCAGAAGAGCGAUAAUGGCUGCUUGGGCGAGAGUUGUUCGUACAUUUACCCGAAAAUAUUCGGCCGCUGCUGGCGAAAACCAGCAUGCUACUGAGCAGUCUAUGAUCAUGUGGAAGAGGCUCUCGUUUUUCGUGGGUUUUCCAUGCAUAGGUCUGGCUAUGCUUAAUUCCUACCUGAAUCAUCAGGCCCAUCAUCAUGAUCCACGCCCAGAAUUCAUUCCGUAUGAUCAUUUGAGAAUAAGAAACAAGCCUUUCCCAUGGGGAGAUGGCAAUCAUAGUCUUUUCCAUAACCCUAAAAGGAAUCCCUUACCUGAUGGUUAUGAGGAAUAGAACUUGACAACAUUUAGUUCAUAAUGAUUAUAUUUGCUGUUAGCAUUCUAUGUAACAUAUAUCCUGCUUUGUAUUGCCUUACAAGCACAGUUAAGUCAAUAAAUUAGUAAGGAAAUACGUAAUAA